AUGGGCGGGGAAGAAGAAAACGAGUUCUACCUGAGGUACUAUGUGGGGCACAAGGGUAAAUUUGGACACGAGUUCCUGGAGUUCGAGUUUAGGCCGGACGGUAAGCUCCGUUACGCCAACAACUCAAACUACAAGAACGAUACGAUGAUCCGCAAGGAAGUGUUUCUCACCCCCGCCCUUCUCAAGGAAUGCAAGCGUAUCGUCUCCGAGAGCGAGAUAAUGAAAGAAGAUGAUUUUAAGUGGCCGGAACCUGACCGUGUUGGAAGGCAAGAGCUUGAGAUCGUUAUGGGUAACGAGCAUAUCUCCUUCGCUACAUCUAAGAUUGGUUCUCUCGUUGAUGUCCAGAGCAGUGAUGAUCCUGAAGGUCUUCGCAUCUUUUACUAUCUUGUUCAGGACUUGAAAUGUCUUGUUUUUUCGCUCAUCUCCCUGCACUUCAAGAUCAAGCCUAUUUAGAGAAAGAAAUCACUCGACUUGCUGCCUGAAUUUUUUUUCUUUUCUUAACAUGUUUCUGGCUCAUUACUAUUACUCAGAGUCAUGCUACUCUCUUGUUCUGUUAGCUUGAGUGCCACUCCUAUACUCUUUUUUGCCAAUGAAUCUUAAAUGAGCGUUGGUAUCGUAAUGGACAAUGGUUUGACAAUGUGAACAAACUCCUGGUUGGAAACAGAGCCG